AUGGAAAGCAGUACGAAAUCCAAAGUUCCCGAUGGUCAUUCGGUGGUGAAAAGACUACAGAGCGAGCUAGUGCAGUUGAUGAUGUCGCCUUCUCCCGGUUUGAGUGCGUUCCCCGAAAGCGAAGAAGAUUUGACCAGAUGGAGUGGGAUCAUUUCAGGCCCCGCAGACACUCCGUACGAGGGCCUGCGCUUUAAGAUCGCUUUGGAGUUUCCACAAACGUACCCGUACACAGCACCCAAAGUGCGGUUUGUGAGUCCCAUGUGGCAUCCGAACGUGGACAUGAGCGGGAAUAUCUGUUUGGACAUUUUGAAAGACCAAUGGUCUGCAGUAUACAACGUCCAGACUAUUUUACUCUCAUUGCAAUCACUGCUGGAGGAACCAAACAACAGUUCUCCGCUAAACGCGGUGGCUGCAGAUCUAUGGGACAACGACAUGCAGGAAUACAAAAAAAAACUGCUGGCGCGAUAUGAGGAGAUUGAAGAUUGA